UAUAUUGGCUGCCUGAAAGUCAACACGUCCAUGAAGAGUUUGAAUUUUGAUACGAGGUCUUUAAUUGCAAAAGAAUGCAUCAGCAGAGUGUGUGAAGCGGCAGGCCUAAAGACCGCUGACAGGAAAAGGAAGGUAGUGAAGACCAUAGGCAGGAUCCUGGGUGAGAGACCCAUGAUGGAGCAUGCUGGAAGCAACGUGAAUUUGACUAUCACAAGCACAGCACUCACUCUCUCCAUCUUGGAGUCUGGGCAGGUUGUGGCAUGUCAUGAUAUGCCAAAUAUAUCCUUCGCUUCAGGGGGAGAUCCGGAUACUUUAGACUUUAUUGCCUAUGUAGCCAAAGACAGUCGUUAUGGACGUGCGUGCUUUGUGUUGGAGUGUGUGGAGGUCUGGCACAGGAUCCUUGACACCUUACAUAUGAGUUUCCAUUACAACUUCAUUCUUCCAUUGAGAUACAGGGUCUCACCUUUCAUGUUGCAGGUCAGACCUUCCCCACCUCCGUUCCUCCUCUCCCUCAAUACUCAGGCCUCUGAUAGCAAGAGACCCACCAUGGGUUACAUUAGUGCAGGUCCCUGCGACUUCAUCAAGCAGUGGGUCCACAAGCUCUGUGUCUCAGUCUUCUUCGGAGCCUCAACUAUACUCCUCAACUCACACCAGCCACUCACAGGAAAAGUGUCUGACAACUUGAUAGAUUUUACCUCUGAAGGAGCACAGCCACCCCCUAUGCGGUGUGAGCCAGAAUACGUUAAUGAUGCUGUUAUUAAGCAGAAGCAACUUCUUGACCAAGAGAUCCGUUUGACAUGCGAACUGUACCGUUCUGGGGCUGUCGGAGGGAAUACAAAACCUCUCCCACUGAACCAGCGGUUACAGCUGCAGAGGGAGCCCUGGUUCCAUGGUGCUAUUAGUAGGAAGGAGGCAGAAAUGCUGUUGGUGCAGGAUGGUGAUUUUCUGGUGCGUGAAUCCCAGGGAACUGCGGGCCAAUAUGUUUUAACUGGAAUGCAGAACAAUACAAAGAAGCACCUCUUGUUGGUUGAUCCCGAAGGAGUGGUCCGAACGAAGUCAAGAACUUUUGACAGUGUCAGUCACUUGAUCAACUACCACCGAGACAAUGAGCUGCCCAUAGUGUCGGCAGAGUCAGCCCUUGUCUUGCGCAAUCCCGUGUUAAGACGUAUACGUUAGCACUCAAGAGCAAGAUUUUUAUAUAUAUAUAUA